UCAAAACCCAAAAUCCCUCUUAUUUCAAACACGUGGCGAAAUCCUGUUCGUUCAUAACUGGCAGUUAGAGAUGCAAACAGAAUCAAACUGUAGGGAGUAAACUGUAAAUACUUCCUUUUCAAAGUAAGUGUAUUUGAUGAUAAUGGUUCUCUGAUUAGAAAAGGCUCCGGCUUUAUCAUUCUCAGACCAUCAUCACUAAGCAGUAAGUAAGCACUAUAAUCGCAGAAGAUAGAUAAAAUGGAAGUAGGGUUUCUGGGUUUGGGAAUCAUGGGAAAAGCCAUGUCAAUGAAUCUAUUGAAGAAUGGAUUCAAAGUCACUGUAUGGAACAGAACACUCUCCAAGUGUGAUGAGCUUGUGGAGCAUGGUGCAUCAGUAUGUGAGAGUCCAGCUGAAGUAAUCAAGAAAUGCAAAUACACUAUUGCUAUGCUCUCUGAUCCUUGUGCUGCUCUUUCGGUUGUUUUCGAUAAAGGCGGUGUUUUGGAGCAGAUAUGUGAAGGAAAAGGUUAUAUCGAUAUGUCGACUGUUGAUGCAGAGACUUCUUUGAAGAUCAAUGAGGCAAUCACCGGGAAGGGUGGUCGGUUCGUAGAAGGUCCGGUUUCAGGUAGCAAAAAGCCAGCUGAAGAUGGCCAACUCAUUAUCCUUGCUGCUGGUGACAAGGCACUCUUUGAGGAAUCAAUCCCAGCUUUUGAUGUCUUGGGGAAGAGAUCGUUUUACUUGGGACAAGUUGGAAACGGAGCUAAAAUGAAGCUAAUAGUGAACAUGAUAAUGGGAAGCAUGAUGAAUGCAUUCUCUGAGGGGCUUGUAUUGGCUGACAAGAGUGGACUUAGCUCUGACACUCUUUUGGAUAUUCUGGAUCUGGGAGCAAUGACUAACCCGAUGUUCAAGGGGAAAGGACCUUCAAUGAACAAGAGUAGUUACCCACCAGCAUUUCCAUUGAAACAUCAGCAGAAAGACAUGAGGCUAGCUCUUGCUCUUGGCGAUGAAAACGCGGUUUCCAUGCCUGUAGCCGCGGCUGCAAACGAGGCUUUUAAGAAGGCGAGAAGCUUGGGACUAGGAGAUCUCGACUUCUCUGCUGUGAUUGAAGCUGUGAAAUUCUCCCGCGAAUAGCAAACUGUUUCAAAACAUCCACUCAUUUGGAUUGGCUGAGAUACUGAAAUCAUUGUUAUCUUCCCAAAUAGAGAUUUACUCAUUUGGCCAAACACACAUUUUACUCCUUCACCAAAUAAAAAGUCUUAACCACAUAUCCAGAAACGUUCAUAGAGUUGCAACCUUACGUUUCAACUACUUUAUGGCUAGUUCACUCGAUAUUGGUCCAGAGGUAGAUCAAAUUGAUUGAAACAGAACCAAUAAAAUAGAGCAAAGUUUAUUUGAAGUUGGUCACUGUUAAGGUUAUAUGAAACAAAGGAAGCAAAAAAGAACCCGUAGAUGAGAAGAUCAAAGAAAUAACAUUGCAUCAAGAUGGUCAAGAGAAAUGUUCCUAUGGAUUAUAGACAAACGAGGAGAGGAGGAGACCAUUUCAGUAGAAAAUUGGAUUUCGUUGG